AUGUCUUUGGAGGGUAGUAUGAGGCAUUAUUUGGAGUCAGUCGGACUGCGAGAGAUUUGCCUUCAAUUGGAGGGUCACGGAUUUAACCAACUUAGUGAUAUCUUGAGUAUGGAUGACGAUGAUCUUGCUGCUGUAAUUCCUGACGACGAAUCAAAGAAGAAGUUUAAGACAAUACUCCAUCAAGGUAAUUAAAUUGCUUAUCAGUUAAUAUCAAGGCCAAUAAGAGUAAAGUCAGUCUGGAAUGGCGAUUAAAAAAAGGAUAAAUGGCCAACACUUUGUCUUAAGAAAAACAAAGAGACUCUUAACUAGAAAGAGAUAAAUCUUUAAAAAGGGCUUUAUGAAUGAACAGACACAAACGGAGGAAAGCUGUCAUCGAUAACAUUCCUCAUUGGUCCGAAGUACGCAGUAACCCACUGAAAAGUGUUGUGAGGUGCCAGGUCUCUUUCUAGUUUCUCUCGUAUCCUAUUUCCUUCAAGUACUGGAAAACUUAAGCAAAAUGGGAUAAUAGUUGGCCCGCUAAGUGUAUUUUCAAAAGCGCGUGGUACCUUUUCUUUCAUGCAAAUAUUGACUCGCGGAUGAAUAGGAGACGAGUCACGUGAUCAACGAGCUUAAGAUAUAACUUAAGCAAAAGUUUCAACAGGAGCCGGGAGAUAAAAACUCAUUAAUUAUAGACGAAUACAUCGAGUGUGCUUAAUGAAACUCGGUCGCCAUGGAGCAUUUGUAAUUUUUAAAACUCUUGGCGAUUAACUAAGAAAUAAGCUGAUCGAUAUUCAUUCGAGUACAGGGCGUUCAUUAACUGAAAGAAAAUUUCGCGACGCGCUGAGGCGUAAAACACGUGUUGGUGAACAAUGGUUUUUAUCGAGACAUCACGAAUGUCAAAACAAUAUAAACAGGUUAUAACUUAUGCAAUUGAUUUUACUACAUUCAAAAGUCCUUCGUUUUGCUAAUGGAUCGUUAGAAAAAAAAGCUAACAAGCCUUGUACAACUUUAUCACAAUGCGACACAAUGAAAUGAGCAGCAAAUUCAUGAUAGCCAGCAUGUUGGUUUUCCAAUUAUUUCAUCUUUGAAAACUAUUUUUGAUAAGUGCCUCUAUUUUACAUCACAAAUCUGAUGUCCUUCACGACUGUUUCGUUGGAUCUAAAGGAACAAAUUUCAAAUCAACAGAAUAUAUGUUUUUGAAGGAAAAAAAUCUUAACUUAGCAGCCAAGACUCUGAUAGCUACAAAAACGAUCAAUAGAGUUGACAGGCGCUAAUAAACAAAAAUUCAGGUAUCAUCGGGCGUCGUGAAAAUGUAUAGCAGCGAGAGGGGAGAAUUAAAAAUCAGAUCAUGGGAGUUUAAGGGUAAACUCUUUGCAAUCCCUUGUCCUGCAUGUUUUGUUUUUUCCUAAUUUGAUAACAUUUUUUCUUCAACGAAAAUCGAAGCCAAGACAGUAGCAUAGCUCCUUCAACACUACCACAGUGAUUGAUAUACAAUUUCUCCGUACAUGUUUAAUACCAUAUUUAGCAAAUCAGUCGUGAGAAUGAAUGAUAACAUCAAAUUAGUGAUAUGAUAUUGAUAAACAAUACCAGAUUUGCUGCUCCAGAGAGCAAUGAUAAGGUAUGGAAUUAUAGAAGAAUCAGCUCUCAUAUCUCGGCAGUGGAAGGGAUGCGAUGAAAAGAGAACUAUCAUUUGAAAAAUUAAAUAAGAUGCUUUCUUUUAGACGCGAGACUUAUGAAAAUUUGGCUGGACUCUCUGGGCCUUGGUCAGUAUUAUGAGCAGUUUCAGGCCUCUGGAUUGACAAGUUUGGCCCGAUGCUCUGGUCUGAGCCUGCGGUCUCUGGACGGCGUAAAUUUUAACCUCCCAGGACACAAAAAGAGGGUGUUCAGAGAAGGUAAUAUCAACUAUUUAGAAAAUGAUUCCAGAAAUUUUAAAAUGUUAACAGGUUUAGCUCCCAUGAGUGACCAGGACAUAAUUUCUUCUAACAAUAACGAUGCAAUGUCCAGCAGACAAUAGGUGAUGUAACAAAGAAAUAUAUCAAUUUGGGGAGGUAGAAGUUGAUCCAAUACCAAAUUCUCCCAACUGAAACGAUAAGACUUGUGUGGCAGACAGUAAUGAGAAUCACUAAAUAGAUCUUAGCGUUAAAACAUACACCGUCAUGUAUCCACCGAUGUGCACUCGAUUGAAAAAGCGUUGACACCUAAAAGCGUAAGCAGUGAAUGGUGAGACCAAAUGGCCUUAUGGGUACACUCACGUGUGUACAUGAUAGCCACAACAGUUGCUCAGUUGGUUGCACGUGAUAAACGAUUUUCCUGAAAGAAAAGAAUUCUCGUAAACAAUGAUUUUCCUCCGAAAAGUAAAGCGCUGAUAACUUAUAUGCACGAAGAUUUCCCAUGUAGCCUCAGGGUCUCAUCGUUCAUGAUUCAUGCUUCUAAGGUGUCAACGAUUUUGCAAUCGAGUGUUUACACAUUUGAAAAACUCUUUUCUAUAGCCGCCAGAAGAGAAUCCCUCUACAGCCUGCAAAAGUUAUUAGCUAUCACAAUUAUAAAGUUGAAGUUUGUGGUAACCAAAAUGUGAAUACAGGUCUGGUCUACUUAAAACUUAUGGCAGAUUCUUUUCAGCUCAGAGCCUGCUGGGUUACGGAACAGUAAUGGCAGAGGGAGCCUGGGAAGAGCAUGAGCAGUUGAGGGGUGGAAGGUGAGUAGAGCACGUACAGAGCUUAUAUAACGUGAGAAGUUUAUCUCUUAGAGUACCCCCUGGAAAGUGGUCUUUUUUAUCGUUAAUUUAGAGCGUCAACGUAUUGAUAUUUUACCCCGGUGGGAGCUCCAAUUAAAGGGAGAAGCAAACGAAAACAGAUCAGAUCGAGAGAAGGGAAAAAAAGAGAGAAAAAAAAAACGGGCGGAAGAAAAUUCGUCCUCAUGCCGUGUGGGUUACGAGUAGGUAUCUUAACUUCCCUUACAGGUUCGGUAAAUUUCUUUGUCUCACAGCUGACAUUUUUGCCCGUGAUCCGCAAGAUAAGCGGAAUAACCCAAAUGAAGGCGCUGCUGCUGUCCCACACCGGAGGGUGAAGUUUAUGGUGGAUUCUGGAAGUGACAUUGUCACACUAGAUGAUGACAUCAUCAAGGAAUUGCAGCUGCCUGUUAAGGGUUGUGCAAAGCAGGAAGUACCAGGAGGACAGAUACAGGAAAAGCCUUUAUACAGCGCCUGUCUUGGAAUUGGCGGGAAAAUGCUGAACGUCGAGGUAAAAGUUGUGUGUUCGUUUAGCUGAGGGACUUAAACUAAAUUUAACUAUUGAUAAACAUGUUACACGUCUUUUCACGGGCCUGAGACAAAGAAAAAAGUUGAUUUCGUAGAGAAGAAUAAAACACAAAACCUUCGGAUUCUGCUCUCCGAUGCUCUACCACUGAGCUUCUAGGAAUUCUAUGAUGAAAUGAGACAUCACUAGGUUCCUAUGUGUUAUGUUUUCUUUCUUCUUUUUCGUCACGUGACUCUGUCGACAUUGUUAAUCCUAGCAGAAUCACCUCAGUUGAUCUCUCUUGCUCCCUUAACCCAAAGUCUGCUUUCGCGGUACUUUGGGGUUAGAGUAUCAGAGAGUUCCUUCUUUCUCCUGGUGAAAUGUUUCCCUAUUUAUGGAAAAAUUUUUGGUGUGGUUAUUUUCAGGUACUUGCAGACAAUGUUAGUACUUUGGGAACUCCAGUGCUCUGGGAAUUCCGUCAUUGCAUCGAUGGAGAAAAACAUUUGUGGCUCUCCAAAGCUGACGAGUUUGGCAUCAAAUCAUAA